AUGGAUAAUAAAACGUGCACCGUGAGUGGUUGCGGUCGUCGAAGAGUGAAUGAUAAGGAGGCGUUCUGGCAUAAGUUCCCAACAAGACGGUUAAUUGGUUUAAAGUGGGUGCAAGCUACCGGUAACGCAGACUUGCAAAAGUUACCGUACGAAACCAUAACCUACAAACGGUUUCUCGUCUGCUGGAGUCACUUUGUUGAUAAAGACUUUUGUAAGUCUCAAACUGGUGCUAUGAGGUUACAAAGGGAUGCAGAUCCGACCUUAGGAUUGCCCGUCCAGAAUGUCGUCCUCAAUGAAAGCGCUGGAGAAAUUGAUUUGCCCGACGUACCUCAUGUUCCUUCUCCUAGCACACCCAGCUAG